GUUUUAUUUAUUUAUAUUUUUAAAUAUCUAUACCUGAUGUAAAGAAGAAAUGAUAUUGCAUAACUAAAAAAAAUUAAUUAAAAAAAGAGGGAAAAAAAAAGACCAAAGAACAAGCGUGUCAAGAGGCUAGUAUAGAUUGUGUAAACUUAUCUAUUCGGCUUUAAUAAAAUUUCUCUGGCUAAAAAUAAAAAAAAAAUAAAAAAAAGCUACUCAAUACUAACUUUGUUUAUUGAAAGACGAAAACACCCUCAUAAAUUUUACAACUAGAAAAAGUUUUACAGUUAAACAUCACGUGCGUAACGUGUGAGUGAUUACCGCGUCGACGCGUCAAUGCCCGUCAAACCAGAGAGGGAAAUGGAAAAGACAAAAGUACUCACAUUUCUUCGUGUACAACUCAAAAUCUCUCUCCUCUGUGUCUCUACCUGAAGUAUCCCAACCCCGGACCCCCACCCCACAAAAAAAACUAUAUAAACCGACUCCCGCUAUUUCUGCUUCUCUAGCCAACAAUACACAAAUACACAACACACCUCUCUCUCUCUCUCUCUCUCUCUCUCUCUCGGUCUCUCUCUCAUUCUCAUGGAGUCCCCUUCUCGCUCCUCCGUCAUCAUCGUCGGUGCCGGAGUCUCCGGUUUAUCGGCGGCGAAGGUUUUGAUCGAGAACGGCGUGGAGGACGUAGUGAUUCUGGAAGCUUCAGACCGUAUCGGCGGCAGGAUCCGAAAACAAGAUUUCGGAGGCUUGUCGGUGGAGCUCGGCGCCGGCUGGAUAGUCGGCGUCGGAGGCAGAGAGUCGAACCCGGUCUGGGAGCUUGCCCAGAAAUCGAAUCUCCGCACUUUCUUCUCCGAUUACAGCAAUGCUCGCUUCAACAUCUACGAUCAAAGUGGGAAGAUAUUUCCGAGUGGAAUCGCCGCGGACUCGUACAAGAAGGCCGUGGAGUCGGCGAUGCAAAAGCUGAAGAAGUCUGAAGCCGACUCUUGCUAUGGUGGUGGCGACGUCACCAAAGCCGCCGAAUCGUCUUCUACGCCAAAAACGCCGAUAGAGCUGGCUAUUGAUUUCAUCCUGCACGAUUUUGAGAUGCCAGAAGGUGAGCCCAUAUCAACAUUCCAAGACUUUGGAGAACGAGAGUUUUUAGUGGCGGAUGAAAGAGGGUAUGAGCAUCUGCUAUACAAAAUGGCUGGAGAAUUUCUUUUCACCUCUGAGGGUAAACUGUUGGACAAUCGUCUCAAGUUCAACAAGGUUGUUCGGGAGUUGCAGCACUCGAGAAACGGCGUUACGGUAAUGACGGAGGAUGGUUGCGUCUACGAAGCAAGUUACGUGAUUUUGUCUGUUAGCAUUGGCGUUCUCCAAAGCGAGCUCAUUGCCUUCAAUCCACCUUUGCCCAGGUGGAAAACUGAGGCUAUACAGAAAUGUGAUGUAAUAGUGUACACAAAGAUCUUUCUCAAGUUCCCUUAUAAGUUCUGGCCUUGUGGCCCAGGAAAAGAGUUUUUCAUCUAUGCCCAUGAGCGGAGAGGCUACUACACAUUUUGGCAGCACAUGGAGAAUGCAUAUCCUGGAUCCAAUAUACUGGUCGUGACGUUGACGAAUGAGGAAUCAAAGCGUGUGGAAGCUCAGUCUGAUAAGGAAACAUUGAAAGAAGCCAUGGGGGCUCUUAGGGACAUGUUUGGACUCAACAUUCCUGAAGCUACUGAUAUAUUUGUACCUCGGUGGUGGAACAAUAGGUUCCAGCGAGGCAGCUAUAGCAACUACCCAGUAAUCUCUAAUGGCCAAGUUGUUCGUGACAUCAAGGCCCCAUUAGGCUGCAUCUUCUUCAGUGGGGAACACACAAGCGAGAGAUAUAGCGGCUAUGUCCAUGGCGGAUACCUUGCAGGUAUUGAGACGGGUAAAGCUUUGCUGGAAGAAAUAGAAAAGGAAAAAGAAAGGAGUAUUGAGAGUGAGAAUCAAACAUUUUUGUUAGAACCCUUGCUUGCAUUGACUGGUUCAUUAAGUUUGACGCAAAACGAUGCUGUAUCGAGUCUCAAAUGCGAUAUUCCUAGACAAUUGUAUCUAAGUGGCAAAGUUGGCGCCCCGGAGCUAUAUUAUGACUAUGUGGACCUAUAGAAAAACCUCAGUAUGAUGAUGAUGAUGUUAAAAACAUGAGCAUUGAGAAAGAUCUCACACGAUGGAGUUGAAAUCAUUUCUGUUUAAAUCCGUGAUGCCGUUUACGAAGUUGAAUCAAGUGAGAGAUACAGGAGCAACAUAGCUGGGAAAAAUGCAAGUCUGUGUGGUAGUAUGAUUCAUAAUGGUAUACUUGGGGGAUGAAAUCAAUGAAGUUGCAAUGGUUUUGGCUCCAAAUGGAACUGGUAUUUGGGAGAAUAUACAUAAUAUAAUAGUCGAUUCCUGUAGUCAGUUGUGGAGGGAGUGGGGGUGGAGAGAGAGGAGAAGGCUGUAGUUUAGGCUCUAAUUGUACUGCUAAUGAAUGUUAAGUUCACAAGAAGAAAGUAGUCUUUCUCAUUUUCUUCUGGGUUAUUGAACGUAACGGUCCCCCAACUUUUGCUCAAGUUUCA